GGGGAACUUCUCGCGGGACCCGGGCAAGGAGCGGAAGCGGGGCGGCUGUGCUGCUUGGGCUACCGGGCGGUGGCGGCGGCGGCAGCGACGACCGCGACUGAACCUGAGGCGGUGACGGCGGCCGGAGCAGACGCUGCCCUCGAGGAGCAGCAGCGGGGUCUGCGGCCGCUCGCAGCGCUGCGGAGAGGCGGGCCGGGCGCGUCGAGAGUAGUUGCGCCACGGGUGGCAUUGUGCUUCUCAGCGUGCAGGAGUAGCCCCAGAAGAGAGGUGAGGCUGAGCCCAGAGCGCUAGGUUGCUUCAGCAGGGAAGACUCCCUUCCCCCGUGCUUCAGGCUGCUGAGCACUGAUCAGCGCUCAGAAUGGAAGCCAUCGCCAAAUAUGACUUCAAAGCUACUGCGGACGAUGAGCUGAGCUUCAAAAGGGGGGACAUCCUCAAGGUUUUGAAUGAAGAAUGUGAUCAGAAUUGGUACAAGGCAGAGCUCAACGGCAAGGAUGGCUUCAUCCCCAAGAACUACAUAGAGAUGAAGCCACACCCGUGGUUUUUUGGCAAAAUCCCCAGAGCCAAGGCAGAAGAAAUGCUUAGCAAACAGCGGCAUGAUGGGGCCUUUCUAAUCCGGGAAAGUGAGAGCGCUCCUGGGGAUUUCUCCCUCUCCGUCAAGUUUGGAAAUGAUGUGCAGCACUUCAAGGUGCUCCGUGAUGGAGCCGGAAAGUAUUUCCUCUGGGUGGUGAAGUUCAAUUCUUUGAAUGAGCUGGUAGAUUACCACAGAUCGACAUCCGUGUCCAGAAACCAGCAGAUAUUCCUGCGGGACAUAGAACAAGUGCCACAGCCGACAUAUGUCCAGGCCCUCUUUGACUUUGACCCCCAGGAGGACGGAGAGCUGGGCUUCCGCCGGGGAGACUUCAUCCACGUCAUGGAUAACUCAGACCCCAACUGGUGGAAGGGGGCUUGCCACGGGCAGACCGGCAUGUUUCCCCGCAACUAUGUCACCCCUGUGAACCGGAACGUCUAAGAAGCAGAGAGAGUAUUUAAAGAAAGUGAAAAAUUAAAAACAAAAAGAAUUACACCCACAAGCUGCCUCUUAAGAGCGGCAGCCUGUAGGGAGCUCAGAACAUCUGGCUGGUCACACUGGUGACCCUCUCUCACUUUGGUUGGAACUUUGGGGAGUGGGAGGGGGAUUGGAUAUCAAAAUUCCAAAAUUUACUUAAGUUUUUAUUACAGAUUCUCCACACUGGUCCUGUUUCCCUCCUGUGUCCUUUUGCCUCAUCUUUUUCUCCUGUCCUUCAGUGCAUGACAUUUAAGGCCACGUAUAGUCCCAGCUGAUGCCAAUAAUAAAAGAAAAGAAACCAAGUGGGCUGGUAUUUUCUCUAUGCAAAAUGUCUGUUUUAGUGGAAAUGACUGAAAGAAUAGCCGUCUCUGUGAUUUUCAUAUAUACACACAAAAGGAGUGGCCGGGUGGCCUGGGGCCUGUGCUGCACCUCCGCUGGAGGAGAGCCCUCAGACCGCUGGGCAUAGAGUGAAGAGAACGGUGUGCUGCUUCCGAAGAAAGUCAGACUGCAAAUCUGCGCCUCUGCCCACUUUGGCCCCUCCAGAUGUUGCUUUUUCAUAGUGCCUUUUUCCUUAUUUCAAGGGUUGCUUAUGAGCAGUGUUCUUUGUUUUGUUUUAAAAUAAGUUAGAUAGUCCAGAGCUUUUCAUCCAAUUUGUCUCCUACUCUGUGUAAAUAUUUUCCCUCAUGGAAAGGGAAAACAGGGUAGAGAAAGGAGACAAGCAGAAGUGGAGGGUGUGGGCAGUCUCCCUGUCCUAAGCCAGAAGUCUUUGCGGGUGCAGCUUUAAUAUUUGUGAGCCCCGUCCCCAGAGGUGAUGGAAUCUGUCUGCAAUGGCAUCAGAGUCCUUGACCUCCCGGUCUCAGGUGUGGUCUGCUCCUCCUCUCCUCAGAGACCCCCCAGGCACAAACCCUGGGAGCCAGCAACCUGCAAACACAGAAGCCAGAGGAGGAAAUAGCUUCUAACUGCCUUCCUUAGCUGUCCCAGUCCAUGUUCCCACACUGGGGUGGGAAUGAAAGUACUUGGUUUUUAUUUUUCUUGCUCUUAAAAUGAGACCCUGGCUUUUACGUAUGAGUCCCAUGACCUGCUGGGUGAGCACUGGGGCAGCAGCCAGAAAGCAGCCCGUGGUCCACCCAUUCACGUGGGCCGAUCCCCCCAUCCGCCUCUCGCAGUGGGACGAGUUAGGGGAGGCACUGGCAAAGACAGGAAGGCCAAAGCUGCUGCACAGCUCUCUUUCUGUCUUCUGUCAACCUCUGGUCCUUCCUGAUGUGCCUAAUAAGCCAUUUCUCCCCCCAGCCCCUCUUCCAUUUCUCUCCCUGGAAGUUGGUGGCAGUCUUGGGCCUUUGGGCUCUGACAGGUCAGCGGCAUCUCCCUGGACUCUGAGCAUGGAGAUGGAUUCAGCCUGGAGCACCGCAAGGCUCAGGGGCUUCCUGCCUCACCCGGCUUCCUCUCGUCCUGCUGCUCCUCUCCUCGCCUCGCUGAUGAUAAAGAAAUCUGGCAUUUUACACCUGGACCGUUUGAUUGUGUUAUUUUGGAAUUGGUGUAUAUCAUGAAGCCUUGCUGAACUAAGUUUUGUGUGUGUAUAUAUUUAAAAAGAAAAUCAGUGUUUAAAUAAGACCUAUGUACUUAAUCCUUUAACUGCGGAUAGCAUUUGGUAGGUAGUGAUUAACUGUGAAUAAUAAACCUACAAUGAAUUCUUGUGAAUAAUAAAUGUUCAGUGAAUUCUU